UCUCUCUCUCUCUCUCAUGACCUCAUCUCACACUGACAUUUUCACAAAUAAAUAAAUAAUUAUGGGUUUUUGUUGUUCUUCUUGUUCAUGGAUCAUCCAAAACCUUUAAAUUUAAAUAAUAAAUUACUUGCUUUCGCUUUUGGGUUUUGCUUUUUCCCCAAAUUUUUCUAUCUCAAUUCUCAAAUUUGGGAGAAGCAAAGCCCUAGACCCCUAACAACGCUGGCUAUGGAGCAAUGGAAACCCGGUGAUUACUCUGCUCAUUCAGCUCCAUCUUCAUCUCAUCUUCUCUCUGUUCCUACCUCCCACUCUGAUUCUAGACAAAAGACAGAUGUGGAGGUGGAUCCAGUAGCUGCAAGAAAAGUUCAGAAGGCAGACCGUGAAAAGUUGAGAAGAGAUAGACUAAACGAGCACUUUCUUGAGCUGGGAAACACAUUAGAUCAUGAUAGGCCGAAGAAUGACAAGGCAACAAUCCUUACAGACUCAAUUCAAAUGCUAAAGGAUUUGACUGCUGAAGUUAACAAACUGAAGGCAGAGUAUGCAUCACUCUCGGAAGAAUCACGUGAGCUGACUCUGGAGAAAAAUGAGCUGAGAGAAGAGAAGGCAUCUUUAAAAUGUGAUAUAGAAAAUCUCAAUGUUCAGUAUCAACAGAGAGUCAGGGUUAUGUUCCCAUGGGCUGCAAUUGAUCCUUCUGUUGUUAUGGGUCCAACUUACUCAUAUCCAGUGCCUGUACCUGUUCCCCAGGGUUCAAUUUCCUUCCAUCCGUCAUCGCAACCAUUUCCAUUCUUUGGAGCUCAGAAUCCCGUUGCUAUUCCGAAUCCCUGCUCAAAUUUCAUCCAAUAUCCAACUCCAGCCUACCUUCCAGUUGAACAGCCCACAUCUCAAUAUGCAUCUACUUCACAUAUUUCAAGCAAACAAGAUUCCAGAAGCAAAUCAUCCGAUCAGCGAAAGGGCAGCAAUGCGGAAAGAGGUGAUGGUUCCACCGAUGUAGCAACAGAUCUUGAACUAAAGAUGCCAGGUUCUUCAACUCAACAGGACUCGUCUUGUGGAGUUAGUAGGAAAGGCAAGCAAUCGCAGAGGAAGGAAAGAACUACCACAAAUGGAAGCUCUACAAGUAGGUAUUCAUCCCAAGUUCACCAGGAUAGCUCCUCCAACAGCGUGGGCGACGUUCGGAAAUCUAACAACUGAGGAUAUUCUAACUGCCUCUUGCUGCUAACCAUAUAGAAGAAUGAGCUUCAACACCUAUCUUGAAGUUGUGUUCUAACCAAAUUCCAGUAUAGGAGAAAGGGUUUCUUCGUUGCCAUCAAACAAAGGCAAAUUGAGGCUCUUGGCUUUCGGUUUCCUUAAGAGGAACAUGAGAGGUGUCUAGCCCAAUUUUCAUUCAGUUAGCAUGUCUAGUUGUUCUCUCAUUCAUUCCAGGUUUGCAUGAAAAAAAAUGAAUUGCCAUGUCAAAUUUAUAUAUGCCCAAGAACCAUCUAAUAGUUGGAUCUCUUUGUAAAUUACCUGUACGAUAAUGUUUACUGAUCUAGCUGUAUAUUCCUCUUCCAGGUCAUGAUUAGUAUAUAAACUAUCAAAAUAGCAUUUUGUCUUCGUUUA